UCGAUCAUUAAAAUAACAUUUCCACAAAACAAUACACCUGUCCAAUUUCUUGAAUAUUGUUUGAUAAGUUGUCAAUUUUACUCCUUUUAAGAACUGCACCAGAAACAAGUCUCUUUAAAACAUCUAGGCUCACACCUUACACAGAGCUUUGAUUACAUUACUGCAUGUUUCUUUACACUACAGCGUUCGCUAUAAUUGUUUUACUUCUGUUUACAUGUUUUGUAAAGGUGUUAAAACUCCCUAAUCUAACAAUGCCCAUGGCUCUUCACACCGCUCUGUUACUGAGGGCAUUCACCUUAGUUGUGCCAGUGAGAGCGUGGAAGGCGGAGUAAAACAAAUCCCUCCGCAGCCGCUCCAGGGCUCCCCACCCGGGAAGACAGUCAGAAGUGCCGCGCAGCUUUACAGGAGCAACCGUUGUUCGCUGGUGCCGCGAUGAUCCUGGAUCCUUGCGCCCUGAGUCUCAGGCUGAAUCGAGUCCCGGCCGCAGGAGGCGGGGCUAAGCCGGCAGGACUCAGGCGCCUGCGCCCGACCAUGGAGGGGGAGCUCGGAGCUUGGAGUGAAAAUGUGCUGGAUUAUUUUCUGAACACUGACCAGAUUAAAACCAGAGAUGGAGCAGAAAUUAUCUGGUAUCAUGCAGCAAACAAUAAAUUACAAAUGAAAGAGGCAAUACAAAGUGCUGCUCAUAUGGUAGAAGCAGAUGUUCUUUUUUGUGGUGAGGAAGAAGGAAAGGGUGAACCAAUCAUGGCUCAUCCUCCUGAAACUAACAGUGACAACACAUUGCAGACAUGGCUAAAUGAGAUUGUGAACACUAAAAAAGGCAUCAAACUGGAUUUUAAGAGUCUAGCUGCGGUGAAGCCCUCUAUGAUGCUUCUUGAAGGCAUAAAGUUGCAUCUGAGGCGACCUGUCUGGAUUAAUGCAGACAUUCUCCCUGGACCUAAUGGAACUAACACUGUCGUGGAUGCAAAAAGAUUUCUUGACACUGUAACUUCAUUCUGCCCGGAUGUGACCUUAUCGUUAGGCUGGACAACUGAGUGGCAGCCUCAACAAUGCAAUAAAGGAUACAGUUGGGCAAUGGUGAAAGAGAUGGCUCAAAUUUGUGACGCACUUACUCAGCCUGUAACGUUCCCUGUUAGAGCAGCUUUGGUACGACAGUCAAAAUCUGAGUUGCUUUGGUUAUUACAGAAGUCAAACAGGUACAGCCUGACUGUUUGGACAGGAAGGCAUGACAAGUACUCCAUAGAAGACCUGCUCUACCUCAGAGAGAACUGUGAUAAAAUUCGUUGGAGCUUUACUCUGAAUCCUGAGAAUCAAAAGAUGACUUCUUAAUAACAACUUUCAAAAUACAAGUUUCAAUAUAAUCAACUUAAAUAAACAGAAUGGAACUUCUAUUGCAGGAAUGUUCUUGUUCAGUUGAAUUCAUUCUACUUCAACAUGCUGUAUAGAUGUAAAUUACCUGGUUUUAGGAAGUUGCAAAAUCCAGUAUCAUCAUAUGCAACAAGAGCUUUCAGUUAGAUAGUUUAAAACAUUUGUAUUAAUCCAGGCUCAUGCUGUGUUACCUCCUUAAAGUCAAUGAUGGAAUGUAAUGUUAUUACAAAACAAUGAAUAUAAUUAUAUAUGGUAGUGUUUUUUGAAAAGGGAGCUGUCCUCCGGUGUUCUUCAUGGGUGGUGUGGGGGAGAGGGAAGCAAGAAACCAAGUGUUCACCUUGGAAUGACAUUCACUUCUGCACAAAGGGCCAGGACAAGGUUUGUUCAACACUUUUAUCCCUCAGAAGCCCUAUUUUGAGGACUUAAGUGGUACACAGGCCUUGUGCUGGCCAUCCACGCAGGGGUAAAUUUCCUCUCCUCUGUGUGAUCACUGGCAAAAACUAGGUGGGAGGGGAAACAUUCCGGAGCACUGUAGUUGUCUGUUGUUAAAAGUAUGUUAUCAUAUGAUGCAGUAUUUUUCUACCUUAAUUUUCAUUGUUAUGAAAGGUGUAUUUUUGCUAGAUAAUGCAUCCACACCCACCUGGUCUAUUCUUAAAUUAAAUAGCAACCAAUAAAAAGUUAUGCUUAGGUUUCUAAAAACAGAUUUAAUAGUAAUAUAUUUUAGGUAACAAAUGUUAGAAUUUUAACUUUUUUUGGCUUAAAAAGUUAUUUUCUAUUUCGUUGUCACCAAUUAAUAUGUGAGCAUCUAAAUAAAUAUAGAUGCUUCAACAUUUAUCUCAUAUCUACAAUAUAAAUCACAGAGCCUGAACUGCUUGCCUUACUCAUGUGUGUAAAAAUAUGUAGCACUUAUCUGUAGAUAUCAAAGCACUCUACUAAAGCAUCAAACAGAGAGGCAAAGCACCCUGGUGAAAGUCACAUCACAGGUCAGUUACAGGAACAGAACCCAGGGCUUCCAACUCCCUGUCCAGUCACCUAUCCACUGGGACAUGUUGCCUCAUUACAGGUCAUUUUGACUACUUACAUGAGUAAAACAAGCAAGAUUUGAUUUCUAGAAAACUAUAUU